UUGUGAGGAGUAAAUGACUUCAGACACUGAAGGCUUAACACAGUGACUGGCAUAUCAUAGGGAUGCCCAAUACAUACCAGCUGUGAGGCUUAUCACCACUGUUCUUCCUGGCAUGGCCCUGCAAGCUCAUCUUCAGCUGAAGAGAAGCUAGCACUUGCAAACAUUCCAUCUGGCAAUCUGAGAGAAGCUACUGAGAGAAUCCUGAGACAUCCCCAGCUACCUACCACUGCUCCUGUUCCAAGCAAAGAAGAUCUGCUCACUCCGGAAAAAGCAAAUGAGUGAGACUCAAAAUUCAACAAGCCAGAAAGCAAUGGAUGAGGAUAACAAAGCCGCAAGCCAAACAAUGCCGAAUACACAAGAUAAGGACUGUGAGGAUAAAUUGACUCAAGUAGCUCUAGCUCUGGUUGAGGAUGUCAUCAGUUAUUCUGUUAAGAUUGUGGAAGAGGAGCAAAACCCUUUGAAAAACAUCAAGUGGAUGACUCACGGUGAAUUCACUGUGGAAAAGGGUCGUAAACAAAUUGACGAAUAUUUUUCGGUAAGUUAGGCCGACCACUCCAGCAUGGUACACCAGUGUGAAGAACAAUAAAGAGACUCUCAGCAGA